AUGGCACGAUGGGUCUCUUUAUUUCUUUUGCUUGCCCUCUGCGAUAUUUGCACGGCACAGUCAACAACCAAUAGUACAACACAACCAGUGUGCAUAUGUCCUACUCCCACUCUAAAUACUACAACGCAACCUACAAGCACCACAACUAGUGUCACCACAAUUACUACUACUGCUCCCUCAUCCACAACUACUGCAGCUUUAACUACUACAACUCAACCUACAAGCACCACUUCUACUGCCCCCACAUCUACAAGCACCACUACUACUGCCCCCACAUCUACAAGCACCACUACUACUGCCCCCACAUCUACAAGCACCACUACUACUGCCCCCACAUCUACAAGCACCACUACUACAGCCCCCACAUCUACAAGCACCACUACUACUGCCCCCACAUCUUCAAGCACCACUACUACAGCCCCCAUAUCUACAAGCACCACUACUACUGCCCCCACAUCUUCAAGCACCACCACUACAGCCCCCAUAUCUACAAGCACCACUACUACUGCCCCCACAUCUACAAGCACCACUACUACAGCCCCCACAUCUACAAGCACCACUGCUACUGCCCCCACAUCUUCAAGCACCACUACAACAGCCCCCAUAUCUACAAGCACCACUACUACUGCACCCACAUCUACAAGCACCACAACUAGUGUCACCCCAACUACUUCAUCUGCUGCUUCAUCAUCCGCAACUACCACAGUACUGACUACUACCACUCAACCUACAAGCACCACUACUACUGUUUCCACAACUGCUAGCACAACAACAUCUGCUACUUCCUCAUCCACAACAACAUCACAGUCAACAACCAGUAGUUCAACUCCAGUAUGCAUAUGUCCUACUCCCUCUUCCACAACUACUGUAACUACUACAACUCAACCUACAAGCACCACUACUUCUGUCCCCACAUCUACAACAACUACAACCACACCAACAACCACAACAAUUUCAGCCUGUGCGCAAUCAACUGUGGCUAUUCAGCUGAUCCAGGUGUCUAGUGAUCAAAUCCAGCUCAUGCCUAUUGGUCAAAAUGGACCAACUGGAGCUCAGUUCAAUGUGACACUGUCAAAGAACAACACAGUCGUAGACAUAAAAACAACGUCUGGUUUGACGGUCACAUUUUCUGGUUUAUUUCCUGCUAGUCAGUAUGACAUUGCCGUAAAACAACUGUCUUGUCCGAACAGACCCGAUACUACCAGCAGUGUUACCACAGAUGGAAGAUUAUUUGCUGCAGUAGUCCGAAUAGUAAAUACUGUAUAUACUGCUGACCUCGGUAAUAAAAGCAGCACGGCAUACCAAAACUUUGCAGCUAACUUCACGGCAGAUAUAAAGAAUAAUGUGCCGUCGGACACCAAGGCCCUGUUUAACUCUGGGAGAAUGAUUAUUUUCAUAACCGGUAUCAGGAAUGGAAGUAUCAUCGCCGACUUUUCCAUAGCCACAAAUACGGCUGAUAACAUAACUCUGACCAACGUGACUCAGUCAUUCACCAGCGCACUCAACAGCAGCUCCACAUAUAAAGUUGACCCAAACUCUUACACGUUUGCAGUCCGAAAUGCGUGUGAUGCUUCAGUAAAUCCAUGUCCUGCAAAUGCCACCUGCACUUCCCUCAACGGAACAGCCGCCUGCCAGUGUAGGUCUGGUUUUAAUGACACAAGUCCAAGUGUUCCUGGAAAAACCUGUGCAGAUAUAAAUGAGUGUUUAGCCAGUCCCAGCCCUUGCUCGGUUCUAGCCUCCUGCACCAACACCAUAGGAAGUUAUCAGUGCCAGUGUUUGCCUGGGAUACAAGAUGGAAACUCUUCUAACCCUGGCCAACAAUGUAUCGACCCAACCUCAUGCUUUAACAGCACGACACUGUGCUCCAGCAAUAACACCUGCCUCGACACCAAAAACACCAUAUGUGCAAAUAAUAAAGUCAUUCCUUUCAUGAUAAAGUUCAACAACUGGACCUUCACUCCAGACCUGUACGACAGAACCAGCGCCGCCUACUCCAGCAAAGCAGCUCAGUUCACAGGGAGUGUGGUAAGUGCAAUGAGAGUGAUGCUAAGUGACAGCACCUUCAAUAUCACCGUGGUUGGCUUCAGACCUGGAAGUGUCAUCGCCUACUUUAUAUCCACAACUCAGUCGUCCACUCUUGACACAAGCACCAUCCAGACCGCUCUCAUUAACGCAGUGACGUUCUUGAUAUCCAAUAACAUUACAAACCUGGUGACCUAUGUAAAUAUUGCUGUAACGACCUCUGCAAGCAGCUCGGAUGUAUGCUACGGCUGGAGAACAGCCACCAUUGUGCUCGGGGUGUUUUUGGGAGUCGCUUUGCUCUUGGUAUUGGUCUUUGCUGCAAUGUGUUAUCGUAUAGGGGGCAGAUUAGGCCGAUACAAACCCAGUACACAGAGAGGCAAGUCGGGCAGAACUAACACCUAUAAUUAAAUUAAAUGUGGAUUUUCCUUGUACCUCCUGGUUUAAUGUAGUUUUUCUUAUCGCUGAUUUGAAAUACUUCCAAUCUGAUUUAUUAUGACAUAUAUUUUAUUUUCUCUAAAUUAUAUUGUUGUGCUCAUUUCUGCUCUGUGUCCUAAUAGACAGAAAUACUGUAUAUUACAGACAAAUAAAGUGUAUCUCACUUACA